GGUGCUUUCCAGCCGCGAGCUGUCAGGCGGGUGUCAGACCCGGCAGGUACGCGGCGCGCUCCCCCGGCGCCCCCCGCCCCGGCCGGGCCGUCCAACACCCCCUCGCGGCCGCGUGGGCCGGAAAGUCGCCGGGGAAGGCUCCCCAGAGGUCCAGCCUAGCCCCUAGGCACCAUGUCGGACAGCGACCUAGGUGAGGAUGAAGGCCUUCUGUCACUGGCUGGCAAGAGGAAGCGCAGGGGGAACCUGCCCAAGGAGUCGGUAAAGAUCCUCCGGGACUGGCUGUAUCUGCACCGCUACAAUGCCUACCCUUCAGAGCAGGAGAAGCUGAGUCUCUCCGGACAGACCAACCUCUCGGUGCUGCAGAUAUGUAACUGGUUCAUCAAUGCCCGGCGUCGCCUUCUCCCAGACAUGCUUCGGAAGGAUGGCAAAGACCCCAAUCAGUUCACCAUUUCCCGCCGUGGGGGUAAGACCUCUGAUGUGGCUCUCCCCAGGGGCAGCAGCCCCUCCCUGCUGGCUGUGUCUGUACCGGCUCCCACCAACAUGCUCUCCUUGUCUGUCUGCUCCGUGCCGCUCCACUCAGGCCAAGGUGAAAAGCCAGCAGCCCCCUACCCACAAGUGGAGCUGGAAUCCCCUAAGGCUCUGGUGACCCCUGGGAGCACGCUCACCCUGCUGACUAGAGCUGAGGCUGGAAGCCCCACAGGUGGACUCUUCAAUACGCCGCCACCCACACCCCCAGAGCAGGACAAGGAAGACUUCAGCAGCUUCCAGUUGCUGGUGGAAGUGGCGCUGCAGAGGGCCGCUGAAAUGGAGCUUCAGAAGCAGCAGGGUCCGGCACCCCCAUUACUACAUGCUUCCCUUCCUCUAGUCUCAGAAAAUGCCAAGUAG